AUGCAGCUGCCCGACGUCCGGGCCGCCUUCCUGUCAGUCAUGGCCUCCCUGGCCUCCGGACCGCUGGGCGCGCGGCUGAUGCUGGCCCAGUUUGCCGCCAGCGCGGCGCGGCCCGAGCUGGAGCACCUGACGUGGCGCACGCUGUUCAGGACGCUGGUCGGUUACUGCGGAAGGUACCAGCAGAUUGAGGCGGAGAAGGCGGCCGCGGGCGCCGCCGUGGGCGGCCUCAUGACGGCGCCCUCCUCCGCCGACGACAAGCUGAUGCACCCCGGGGAGGAGAAGCUGCUGGUCGCCUACCUGCAGCUGCUCGCGUGA